AUGGUGUGGUGGGGAUGGGAAGAAGUUUACAAUGGGGUGCAAAAGAUACACUCAGAUUAUGGGAGUGUUGAGAUAAGGAGGAAGAAGCAUUGGGAGAUGAUGAAGGAAAUGGUUCACCAUCAAGUCCUCUGCAUGUGCAAUAUGAUGAGGGAUCCAAAAGAGAGCAACAAGUCAGUGGCUCCAGUUGCAAAGCGUGGGAGAAAAGCUGCUGGUCAGGGUGGCGGUGGAAUGAGGAGCCGAGGGAGGAAGAAGGCUCAUGAGGAGGAAGCACUACAAGGAAAAACCUUUUUGGCGACCACCACGUUUGGUCGCGAAAAGGCUUUAUUUCGUCGCAAAAACAAUUUCGCGACGAAAUAUUUUCGUCGCCAUAAUGGUCGCUGA